CAAUUUACAAUAUCAUCUUUAUACAAAGAUAUCUUAUAUACUUAGAAUAACACACUUAGAAUAACAUGUAAAAUUUUAUCACCAGACCUUAUUUCCUAAUAAACCAAAUUGGCAUAGAAAGGAGACACAUCAUUAGCCUUCUCAAAUUGCAAAGUAUAAAUUAUUUGCAAUGAUUAGAGGUUGUCUCGUGGCUAGAGCUUCUGCUACUGUGCUAGACUACAUAUAAUAGUUCAAACUCGGUGAGUUUCUGCUGUGAAAUAUAUAUAUAUAAGAAAUCCAAUGGAUUUACAGGACUUCAAGUCGCUGUUGCCAUCAACUUUAUUUCCAAUCAAUCUCUCUAUGCUCAUUCAAGUGGCACAUUGUUUUCUUCUUCUGCUAAUUCACCCCCAAGUGUUUGAUGAAAUGCCAAAAAGAAUUUGCAAGGCAUAGAGACGAACAAUGGGAAUCCACAUUAUGAAAAUUUUGAUCAAACAGAAGCACUCAUUUGGUUUCUCAAUCUCCAUUCGAUCAAAAACUACGUCGGCUCAGUAUGUUGCCUCGAGAGUUCGAGACCCUACAUUUGAGAAGCUCAUGGACAAGUACAAGAGCCUCUUCAAAGUCAUUGCCAUUCAAGAUCUCAUCCUCGCAAACCCUAGGAAUCCGUCCGUGUCCAUUGACUUCCUCUCCAGGCUCUCCCAGAAACUCCAUCUCAACCGCGGUGCCACUUCCUUCCUCCGCAAGUUUCCUCACAUCUUCCAAAUUUAUUAUGACCCCUCCAAGUUGCAGCCUUUUUGCAGGCUCACAGAUGCUGCUCUUGAUGUUUCCAAGCAGGAAGAGAAGGCCAUUAAUGCUUCUUUGCCAAUGGUGGUUGAUCGAUUGGUUCGGAUAUUGUCCAUGUCUGCGUCCAAAACGGUUCCUCUUCGCGCGAUUUUCAAGGUCUGGAGGGAGCUUGGGCUGCCUGAUAAUUUCGAGGACUCAGUUAUAUCUGCAAAUCCUAGUGUUUUCAAGCUGUGUGAUGCUCAUGAACCUAACACUCAUUUGUUGAAGCUGGUUGAAGGUGUUCCUCGAAAUGGUUUUAGAGCAGCCAUUGAGGAUUGGAGGGUUGUUGAGUGCUGCAAGGAGGAUUGCAAUGUAAGGACAGAAUUGCGGUACAGUUUCAAGCACGGGUAUCCUCCAGGGAUGAAACUAGGCAAGAAUUUCAAGGCCAAGGUGAAAGAAUGGCAGACUUUGCCAUAUGUUGGGCCUUAUGAGGUGGUCGUGGGGGAGAAAAAGAAGUCUAAGGCAGCAUUGAUGGCCAUGGAGAAACGAGCAGUGUCAAUUGUUCACGAGUUCCUAAGUUUAACUGUGGAGAAGAUGGUAGAAGUUGAAAAGAUCAGCCAAUUCAGAAAAUGGUUUGGGAUUGACUUCAACAUAAGGGACCUGUUCUUGGAUCAUCCCGGGAUCUUCUAUCUAUCAACAAAGGGGAAACGGCAUACCGUUUUCUUGAGGGAAGCUUAUGAACGAGGUUGUUUAAUUGAACCAAAUCCUGUAUAUGUUGCAAGGAGAAGGCUUCUUGAUCUUGUUGCUAUGGGACGUCGUGGUCGUUCUUCUAUUAAUUCGAAUUUGCAGGAUGAAAGCAGCAGCAACGACGAUGACGACAUUGGAGAAGAGGAAAAACAGCAAAGGCAUGGCUCAUUAUCUUCUUGAGCGAUAAAGGUUUGUUAAGAUUCCUUGUUUACUUGAUCAUCCAUUUCCAACAUAAGUCCUAGAAAUACAAAAGGCAAAACUUCGAUUGUUAACUUGAGUAAACCAGUUUAUGAGAAGCUAUGCUCUACUUUAGUAGAAUAAAUGGAUGGAAGAUAAUGGGCAUAAGUUAACUCCAACAUGUUACCACGGCAACAUUUUAAAAAUCUGGAGUUACAAUAUUUUGACAAUGAAGAAUGCAAAGGCAUUUUGUUGAUUUUGAUCCAUGCUUUCCAAAGAAGCUUUGCUGCAGUCUUCACUCUUUGGUGACAAGUACUGCGAAUUCCUUGCUUUGUUUUCAAGAUUAUGGCACCUGAAGUUAUUUAUGUGGGAAAGGCAUGGAACUAUAUGUAUAUCUGUCUCUGUGUUGAACAACAAACAUGAGUAGGUGUUGCUAAUUUAAAGAGAGAUCGAAACACUGCUGGUGGUUAAGAAUUAAUUAUCAAUGGUCAUAGGUUGCUCAAAAACAUUUCAAAUGUGUUUGCAAUGAGUAUAACUAUUUGCCUUUGUCGGCUUCUGUAGUAUUGUUCAAGAAAUUUGAUGGCUUAGAAAGUGUAUAUUUAACAGUAACAAACUAAGCAUAUUGUGAUUUGUGAAUCUUUGAUAUGUAGCAGUUUUUUGUAGA